GCGGCGCAAGGGAUGCUGGGACUCGGCUGUCAUGGCUCCGAACGUAAACAGAAACACAUGAGUGACGAUAGUUUCUGUGGUAGUAUUGAACCAAAUUGACUGCAGCUACAUUUUAACUGUCGUGAACAGUCGGAGAGAGAAGUGCCAGGUAUUUAACGAGGUUCAAGUAGCGACAUAGUCACUUACAUGUUCUUUUAAUGUUGGUAUUUCUGCUUGUUAGCUCGCUAGCUGCUAGCAGUAAAAGCAUGACAGAGCUCGUGUUCUCCACUUGGUUUCAACGCCGACUUCAAGACCGCAACUUCGACGAGCUGUGUUAAGAGGUUGUCCAAAACAAAUGUCUGUUUCACAGGGGGUAACAUGUCCGUGGGAAACAAAGCCAUUGAGUUGCAGCUUCAGAUGCGGCAGAACGCGGAGGACAUGCACAGCUUCAUGAAGGAGCUGGAGGGCUGGGAGACAGACAUCAAGGAGAGAGACGAGGAGCUGAGGAAGGGGGCACCUCAGGAGGCACAGAAUCUUCCGCCGGUGCGCAACAAAGACUACAAAACAAAGAUGAGGGAGAAGAAGAAGAAGAAGAAGAAGAAGAAGGAGCAAACAGGUGAAGGUGACGCCAAGGAGGAUGAGUCGAAGCAGGCUUCAAGGAUAAAAGCAUACGACUACCGGUCAUGGGACAAGUUUGACGCGGACAAAGCUCUGUCAGAGAUGGAUAAGGAGGAAAGCCCUGCAGAGUCAAAUGAGUCGGACUCUGAGGAAGCGGCAGCUGACAAGGAGGCCGCGCUGGCUGAGAAAGAAAAGGGGAACACGUUUUUUAAAGAGGGGAAGUAUGACGACGCCAUCGAGUGUUACACCAGAGGGAUGGGUGCAGAUCCUUACAAUCCAGUACUUCCAACAAACAGAGCCACCUCCUUCUUCAGACUCAAAAAGUAUGCUGUGGCAGAGUCUGACUGUAAUUUAGCGAUUGCUCUGGACAGCAACUAUUUCAAAGCGUAUGCACGGAGAGGAGCAGCACGGUUUGCACUGAAGAAAUGUGAAUCUGCAUUAGAAGAUUAUGAGAUGGUUCUCAAGCUUGACCCCGGGAACCUGGAAGCACAGAAUGAAGUCAAAAAAAUCAAAGAGGCCCUUGGAGAUCAUGUGCCUUCCGCCCAGAGGGAAGCAACGCAGCCAGAAGUGACCCCCGCCGAGGACCCUGAGCGGCAGAGACUGGUAGAAGAGCAGCAGGGACGACAGGAGGCUGUUAUGCAAAAAGACAGAGGGAACGCCUAUUUCAAAGAGGGGAAGUAUGAAGCAGCUGUUGAAUGCUACACGAGGGGCAUGGAGGCGGACAGCGUGAACGUCUUACUGCCCGCCAACAGAGCCAUGGCCUUUCUCAAGCUGGAGAAGUUUAAGGAGGCAGAGGAGGAUUGCACUAAAGCCAUUUCUCUGGACAGCACCUACUGCAAGGCUUUCGCCCGCCGUGGCACAGCAAGAGUGGCUUUAGGAAAACUGCAGGAGGCCAAACAAGAUUUUCAGGAGUUGUUGAAACUUGAACCAGGAAACAAGCAGGCCCUGAACGAACUCCAGAAACUCCAGAUUGACGAGGGUCCCAGCGGCUGCCUUCAAACACCGGACAGCAACAAGAGGAGAACAGUUCAGCCAGUAAACAAACCCAAACAUCUGCAGUCAACUAAACCGCUGAGGAGGAUCGAUAUUGAGGAAGUGAGUGGAAAGGUGUCGGUGCAAGAGAUGCUGCCCAGUGAAUCCGAGUGUACUGUACAAGAGGUGGUGACGGAGGCCGAGGAUGAAUCCUCUUCACUGUCCUCAUCACCCAGCGCCAAAAUGAUCAAAAUUGAGGAGAUGGCAGAAGUCCCUUCACAUUCAUCACAGCAAGUUCCACCGAGCAGACACACCAAACAGGCUGCACAGGAUGAAGUUGUUCCUCCUCCUGAAGCGUCAACAAAGCCCUCCCCAGCAGAAGCGGUCCUGCCUCCGCCUCCCACCAACAGCUUCCAGCUGGAGGCCGACCUCCGAAAGAUCGGAAACCAACCUGAAGCGGUCUACAGAUACCUGAGGCAAAUCGAGCCAGAGGCAUACGUCAACAUUUUCCAAAACUCCCUUGAGCCUGACAUUCUCAAUGAGAUCCUGAGCACGCUGCAAGGUUUCUAUAUAAAGAACGAGGCGCCAGCCGUCACACUUGAGAUCCUCAGGAGUUUAGCGAGUGUGAGACGCUUCGACAUGGCCGUCAUGUUCAUGUCCUCCCCCGAGAAGAAAGCGCUAAAAGAAGUGUUCGACUUCCUUCACCAAAGCGAGCUGGAAGCUUCGUCCAUCACAGCCUUACAGAAGAAGUAUGGUGUGUGACGCUUGGACUGACGCCACGUCUGCAAGGUCUAAAGACUCUAAAUGUGAACACACAUCGCUGCAUUGUUUUGAGAAAAGUAACCAAAGUAGUUCUAUUCUAAUGGUGAAUAAACGUUCAUUCUUUUUCAUUAUA